AGCAAGUUCAAAAAUGUUUCAAAAUAGCUGAAAAAUUAUUCCAAGAGGGGAUUUUUCUUUGAAUCCUUAAGCAACAUUAAUCGUUCUGGUACACACACGCACACGGCGCACACACACACACACACACACACACACACACACACAGAGAGACACACUUGAACAGCAGGCGAAAAAUAGCACAGGGAGCCGACAACCCCGUAUUAACCACCUACAAACUCCUCUCACCCGGCACCCACGGCACAUUUUGUGGGGGGAGGAUUAAAAAUAGCCAUAUUCAAGCUAAGGCCUCAGGACUUAAAGUCCUAGUACAAUGGUAACAAUGAACUCUGAAGCGGACAAAACACAAGCAACCAACGCUCUGGCCACCAUGAGCUCAGCAGUCAAGUCGCCGGCAGAGAGCACAAAUCCCUCGCCAACUGCAACGCCAAUAACGACAUCCCUUGGCAUGCCACCUUCUCUUUCUUCUCCGCCUCCUCCUUCGGCUGGCACUGCUGCUGCUACAUCCGGUUCUCCCAGCAGUUUGCCAGUUAUAGCCAAUGGUAACAACAAUGGACCGCUGGACAAUUCCACAACACAAAAUGCAGUCAACCUAAAUGCCAAUAGUGAGUGCAGCACAACCGGAAAUACAGCCAACGGACCGAGCGGAUCUGUGACAAAAGCAGCAGCAGCAACAGCUACAUCAUCACCACCCACGGUCAAAACGGAAAGAGUCCGCGAAAGUGCCACAACUACGGCUGCCACCAGCGAUUCAUCCAGUUCGGCAUUGAAAUCAAGCAGUGGCCUAUUAACAGUCAGUACUAAUCAUCAUCAUCAUCAUCAUCAUCACCAUCAUAAUCAAUCGCAAACGCAAUCGCAGUCAUCGCAACAGCAAUUGCAGCCACCGCCAUCAUCCUCAUAUUCUGCAUCCCAGCAGCAGCAACAGCAGCAGCAGCAGCAGCAGCAACAACAACAACAACAACAACAUCACCAGCAACAACAACACCAGCAACAGCGUGGCAAUAAAAACGAAGAUGCUCCCAAUAUAUUGGUCUACAAAAAGAUGGAAGCCAUCAUUGAAAAAAUGCAAGCCGAGAGCACUGGCGUUGCUGUGCGCACGGUUAAAGCUUUCAUGAGCAAAGUACCAUCCGUUUUCACUGGCGCCGAUUUAAUUGCCUGGAUUGUUAAGAACUUUGAUGUUGAGGAUGUGACGGAGGCGUUACAUUUUGCCCAUUUACUUAGCUCACAUGGCUAUAUAUUUCCAAUCGAUGAUCAUGCGUUGACUGUUAAAAAUGAUGGCACAUUUUAUAGAUUUCAAACACCAUAUUUCUGGCCAUCAAACUGCUGGGAGCCAGAGAAUACAGAUUAUGCUGUCUAUUUGUGCAAACGCACUAUGCAAAAUAAAACGCGACUGGAAUUGGCUGACUAUGAGGCUGAGAAUCUGGCCAAACUGCAGAAAAUGUUCUCACGCAAAUGGGAGUUUAUAUUUAUGCAGGCCGAAUCACAGAGUAAAGUGGCCAAAAAACGAGAUAAAUUGGAACGUAAGGUGCUUGACUCGCAGGAACGUGCUUUUUGGGACGUCCAUCGACCCAUGCCGGGAUGUGUGAAUACCACCGAAAUUGAUAUUAAGAAGGCAUAUCGACGUGGCGGAUCCAGUCAUGGUACUGGCUCUGCCGGUGCCUCUGUGGCCAAAAAUCCAGUCGAGCAAUUGACAAGGAUUAUUGCAUUACGCAAACAGAAACUUGAGCGGCGCACAAUCAAAGUGUCCAAGGCGGCAGAAGCCCUCGUUGCCUACUAUGAUCAGUAUAAUGAGUUUGAUUACUUUAUAACCUCUCCGGAGCUGCCGAAUCCUUGGCAAACAGACAGCACAGAAAUGUGGGAUACGGAGAAGAAUAGCAAAGAAGUUCCUGUACGUCGGGUCAAGCGUUGGGCCUUCAGUUUACGGGAACUGCUUAACGAUGCCAUUGGACGUGAACAGUUUACCAAAUUUCUGGAGAAAGAAUACAGUGGCGAGAAUCUAAAAUUCUGGGAAUCAGUGCAGGACAUGAAGGCCCUACCGCAAUCAGAAAUUAAAGAGACUAUACAACAAAUAUGGCAAGAAUUCCUAGCACCCGAUGCUCCGUGUCCGGUUAAUGUGGAUUCCAAAUCCGUGGAAUUGGCACGGGAGGCUGUCAACUCACCGAAUGGGCCAAAUCGCUGGUGUUUCGAUGUGGCUGCUUCGCAUGUGUAUCAUUUGAUGAAAAGUGAUUCAUAUUCACGUUAUUUGCGUUCCGAUAUGUACAAGGAUUAUUUAAAUUGUUCACGCAAAAAGAUCAAGUCAAUACCGAAUUUAUUUGGAGUGAAACGUUGAGAUACGUUUUACAAAUUAUCAGAACGAGAUGCGGCGGUAAUCUUGUGAAAUUGUAUAUGUUAAGGCUAAGAAAUUGGCUAAAUUAUGUAUGUAUUUGUAUUUGUAUUUGUUGGGAGUGACCUGAGUAACACGGACUAUUCCAUAUGUGUGUGUCUCCUGUAUGUGUGGAUGUUUUGGAGGUGUGUGUGUUGUGUGUGUGUGUGAGUGAGACGAGCUGAUGUUAGUGGGAAAUAUUUUGUUUUUGUGAAGGGCAAGCAAAACUCGUUGCGGUUACUCGUUACUAGUUACUCGUUAGCGUCAAAUCAACUACGGAAACCAGUCUUUAUUUUCCGUUUUGUCAUUCUUUAAUUUUGGUUACCUCAACGUGCCCAGUAUAUACCCUCGAUGUGGGUAUCGAAGCUAAAUUUCUAAAUAUAUAAUUCUAUUCGUUCUUUUAAAAAAAACAAAACAAAACCAACAACUUUAUGAAACAAUACAAAACUGCCAAGCGCUUGUCGAAAAUGAAUGCCAAUAAAAUAGAAAAAGAUGCCGUUAA